CGAACCGUACGGAUGGCUUCGUGUUACGUGAUGAAGUUUGUCGGUCUGCUGCUGGUGGUGGCCUUGAUGGUCUUCGGUGUGGAUAGCCGUGCGUCGUCGUCGGCAGAUCUUCUGCGCAGUGAUGCCGAUCGUGGCCAGGAAGCGUCGCGAGUGGCAAGAAGUCCGCAGCAACAGCAAGGUUUCCCGAAUUUCCCGCCGCCUCAAUUUCCGUUCGGCAAUCCCGAGAUCGUAUCACAAGAUACGCAGCGCGACAAGAAUGGGUUCGCACAGACCACGAUCUACAAGUAUCCGAAUGGAAUGGGAUCAUCGUCGGUGUCCACCAGCUAUUCGGGAUCGCCUAAGAUGACCAGCACUAGCGGGGCGCUGGUGCUGGGUGCUGCUCUUGCGGUGUGCUGGAAGCUGCUUCACUGAGCCAGCGAGCGGCAUUUAAUGUAGAGUUUAACGCCAACAGAACUUUCCACUAGACUUUCAAUGGUGAGCCAGUUUUCUCACGAGCGAAACGAGGGCAAUGUUGCAUGGUUGAAUGCAUUUCUGUUUCCGUAUUCCGGAUUUGGAUUAUCGUAAUUAAGCUAAUCAACUUGGAAUUACAAAUGUCCCGCCUGAAGCGUUUUUGGCGUUUUCGCAUUCUAUGGUUCGAUGGUUUUGGAAUAAACAUACAGAUUUUAAUAAAACGUUAAACAUCGUU